AUGGCCAGCCUGACAGAUUUUGUCGAUUUCUCUGCCCCGUCGUUGGCUUUGUCCGCGGCCACCAUCGCAUUUAACCCAAUUUUCUGGAAUAUCGUUGCGCGCGCCGAGUACCACAACCACUUCUUGACUCGCAUUUUCGGUGGCCCUUACAAAGGGUGCUAUUUCCUCGCCUUUACCAUCUUCUCUCUGGGUAUCCUGCGUGACCAUGUUUACCAAGUCGCUUUGGCGGAGCAGCCCUUCUAUGCCCCAGUGCACCAGCCCGUUAUCGGUGGGAUUUUGUUCGUUGUCGGCUCUGUUCUCGUUCUUUCCAGCAUGUGGGCUCUCGGUGUGACUGGUACCUACUUGGGUGACUACUUCGGCAUUCUCAUGGAUGCUCCGGUUACCGGUUUCCCAUUCAACGUGACUGGCUCGCCUAUGUACUGGGGCAGCACUCUGAACUUCCUCGGUGUUGCUUUAUACCAGGGCAGGGUGGCCGGUAUCCUUCUGACUACCCAAGUCUUUGUGCUGUACUGGUUCGCUCUGAAGUGGGAGGACCCCUUCACUGCUGAAAUCUACGCCAAGCGUGAGCGCGAACGCGCUAAGAAGCAGGGCGGCAAGAAGCAGUAA